CCUCGGCCUGCGGAGCCCCUCUCCCUACCUGGACCCCGACCCCACCUUUGGAAGUUAACUGAAGUCUCGUGCAAAUGCCCUAGGGCUGUGCUGUUGGGAGGGGCACAGCCCCUUGGGAUGCGGAACACCACGCUCAGAUUCAUCAGUUCGAGCUGCCUGAGGCCCUGCCGCCCAGGGGACCAUGUUUAACGGGGAGCCGGGUCCGGCUUCGGCCGCGGCCUCCAGGAACGUGGUACGGAGCUCCAGCAUCAGCGGCGAAAUCUGCGGAGCCCAGCAGGCUGGGGGCGGGGCCGGGACCACCACCGCCAAGAAGCGGCGCAGCAGCCUCGGCGCCAAGAUGGUGGCCAUCGUGGGCCUGACCCAGUGGAGCAAGAGCACGCUCCAGCUCCCCCAGGCUGAAGCGACCACCAAGAAGCUGCGCAGCAACAUCCGGCGGAGCACAGAGACGGGCAUUGCAGUGGAGAUGCGGAGUCGGGUCACACGCCAGGGCAGCCGGGAGUCCACCGACGGGAGCACCAACAGCAACAGCUCGGACGGCACGUUUAUCUUCCCUACCACCCGGCUCGGGGCCGAGAGCCAGUUCAGUGAUUUUCUGGAUGGGCUGGGACCAGCCCAGAUCGUGGGGCGACAGACACUGGCAACACCACCGAUGGGGGACGUGCAUAUUGCCAUUAUGGACCGGAGAGGCCAGCUGGAGGUGGAAGUGAUUGAGGCUAGAGGCCUGACCCCCAAACCAGGCUCCAAAUCCCUCCCAGCCACCUAUAUCAAGGUUUACCUGCUUGAGAAUGGGGCCUGCUUGGCCAAGAAGAAGACAAAGGUGGCCAAGAAGAUCCGUGACCCCCUGUACCAGCAGGCUCUGCUCUUUGACGAGGGGCCCCAGGGUAAGGUGCUGCAGGUGAUUGUCUGGGGAGACUAUGGCCGUAUGGACCACAAGUGCUUCAUGGGCAUGGCCCAGAUCAUGCUGGAUGAGCUGGACCUGAGUGCCGCGGUCACUGGCUGGUACAAACUCUUCCCCACCUCCUCAGUGGCCGAUUCCACGCUUGGAUCCCUCACCAGGCGGCUGUCUCAGUCCUCUCUGGAGAGUGCCACCAGCCCCUCAUGCUCCUAAGGACCUCAGGAAGAGGGGCCGGGAUGGUGGCGUGGGAAGGGGUGCCGGCUGGCCCCCCACCUUCUCCCCUGUACAUAGUCUUUGUCUCUACCUGGACCCCGUGCCCUGCUGCAUGCCUGUUGGCUACUGGGCUUGUCCCGGCUGGCAGUAGAGACUAGCGUGUGUGCGUGUGUGUUUGUGUGUGUGUGUAUAGUCUGUGUAUGUGUGUGACCACGUUUAUAUAUGUUCACCUGUCUGGGUGUGGUCAGUCCCUGUGACUACGUGGGCUGAAAUCCAUGUCUGUUUGUAUCUUGUUGAAAAGAAACCCAAAGG